GGAAGGAACUGGAGGCGAGGAAGUGGCUGGAGGCGAGGAAGGAGCUGGAGGCAGGGCAGCCACUUGGGCCAGGCAGGGCCUGAAGAGGAAGCAGGAGAGUCAGAUGAGGAGGGAGCCGCUGGGGACGCAGGAAUUGCAGGUUUGUUAGGAUCUGUGAGUGUGGCAGGAGCUGCAGGUGAGGCGGGACCUGCAGGUGAGGAAGGAGCUGUGGGUGUGGCAGGAGCCAUAGGUGCGGGAAGAUCCUGGACCCAGCCUUGGAGCUGGAGCCCGGCCUGGCAGCCUGUGCUGGAAAACAGGGCCUCUAUGAAACUGAGAACCUUUCCUGGAAUGGAAGAGCCACACCGAGAAGAAGAGUCCUUUGAGAGCUGGCUGGAUCACGCCAGCGACAUGCUGUACCUGUGGUGCCACAUCACAGAAAGGGAGAGGAGGAGGAGGCUGAUGGAGAGCUUGGGUGGCCCCGCACUGGAUCUCGUGUGCGGCCUCCUGGCAGAAAACCCUGACGUCCCUGCACAGGAUUGCCUGGCCGCGCUGGUCCAGGUGUUUGGGAGGAAGGACACCCCCACGACCGCACGGCUGAAGUUCCUGACCUGUGGCCAGCGGCCCCAGGAGACUCUCUUUGUCUAUGUGAUUCGCCUGGAAGGCCUGCUGCAGUCGGCCGUGGAGAAGGGGGCCAUCCAUCCCAACCUUGCGGACCAGUUACGCGCCCGGCAGGUGCUGAUGCGGGCCCGCCCCAACGAGAUGCUCGAGGACAAGCUGAGGAGGAUGCGGCUGGACAGGAGACCACCUGGCUUCCUGGGGAUGCUGCGGCUCAUUCAGGAGACCGAGGCAUGGGAGGCCACCGCAGCUAGGAGUGAGCACUUGCAAGUGGAAGAGGGGGCCCGUGUGGGCACCGGAGGCCUGGCCGCUGCCCGGGCCAGUGGAGAGGUUGCCGAAGCCUCCCCAGCCAGGGAAGAUGCUUCCCAGGCUGCCCUGGCCAACCUAGGGGCCAGUGAGGCCGUUCCUGGCAGUGCCGAAGCUGAUACGGCUGCUCCUGAAGCCCAUGAUGCCACCAGGGCAGCCCUCGUCCCUGAGGAGGCCCCCAAGAUCUUCCCUGCCACGCAGGAAGAUGAAAAUGCUCCCGCCUCUGCGGGCCUAGAUCAGGCAAGGCCCUCAGAGGCCCCUGGGGGCCCCACCCCUGCCCAGAUGGGCAGCGCUUCCAGGGAGGGCCCGGGAGGUCCUGGCUGUGAGCCGGAGGGCCUCGCCCAGGCAGGAGACCAGGAGGCUGGGGAGCCCCUGGAGGAGGGGCCCAAGCCCAUCCCAGAGGAGUCGGGAAACGAGGACGGGGCUGGGGAGGUGAGGCCCCCCAAGUGCUCCUCGGGCAAAUAGGCUCAGAAGGCCCAGGGGCCCCCUCUCCUCUCAGGCAGCAGCGCUCUGGAGGCAGGGGGAGGCCACGCCAGGGCAGCAGCCUCUCCCCACAUGGAGGCAACAACCCACCCAGCCCAAAUUCCCAGGACCCCAUCUUCCCAAGACACCCUGGCCACCACCAUCAGCCCUUCCAACGGACCAGGAUGACCGUACUUGAUGCAGAGUGGGGCAGGGAGAGGUGCCCCCUCCCAUGGCAGCUCCACCCCAGCCCCAGCCCCAGCCCCAGCCCGAAACCCUGCCAGUCCAGGCAGCCAGCCUGGGAAGCACCCCUGAGUGGCUGGCCCUAGCCUAGGUGAGGGGCACCUGAAAAUGUGUGCCACCCACACUGGCCUGGGAGAUGUUAGGGGCCGUCUCAAGGGUGCCGGCCCCUCGGGCCGCCCAAGAGGGGGACCCUCAUUCACUGACCCGUGGAGCACGUCACUCCACGCUCUGAGAAGCCCACUUGUGCCUCUGUAGGCCCCUUAGUGACCCCCCGUGUCAAGUGGCACCCCCAGCUCCCCCUACACGCACCCUAGUUACCAUUCCCGUGCAGAGCCCUGAGGUGUGCAGGAGCCCGCGGCGGGUGUCCUGGCCUGACGCAGCAGCCACCUCUCAGCCCUGGGUGUGUGGCACGAGCUUCAGUGUGAGCCCAGGCUCUGUUCGCUGUCGUGCGGUGUCGUGAGCUCAGCCCAUGCUUCCUCGGUGUAGGUUUAGGCCAACUGCUGCUUGUUCUUGUGGAGAUGUGUGUGUGUUCUUAUCUGAGCAGCCGCCCCCACCCCGCCCCGGAGACCUCUGGAGCCCAAUCCCAGGAGAUGGCGGGAAGGACAGAAGAGAGCAUGGCUGGUGCUCCCCCUGCGACCUCAGGAAGGAGGCACUGGACCAAGGACAGAGGUGGCCUGCAGGAGUCUCCAUGGAAACCGUGCUGUGAUGUGCCACUCUC